AUGGGCCGGAAAGGUCGAGGGAAGGGCAGCGGAGGGUGGGGAGCUUCGGCUUCAUGGGCUGCCUGGGAGUAUUCCGGAUGGGAGUCGUGGAAUUGGCAAGACAACAGGGAGAGCGCCAGCAGCAAAGGAAAUGCCAGCAAGGGCCAAAAGGGCAAAAACUACGGCGAAGCCUCUGGCAGCUCCAGAGGACUGGCUGACUCAAGUGGCAAGGGCGAUGGCCUUCGAGAGGAGGCUGAGAAGGCGAAGAGGCAGGCACAGGGUGCUUCGGAAACCAAAGGCAAGCCAGCCCUUGGCGACCAGGAAGAAAUAUGCCCUCGCGACCUGGAUUCUGGCAAACAGGCGGUUCUGGUUGGGCCUCAGGAUGAUGAUCAGCUCGACGAUGCGGCAGAGGAGGAGGAUGAGGAGGAACUGCCUUCCGAGCACGAUUCAGAGCCCAACGCGGAGGAUGUCAAUGCAGAAGAGGAGGAGGAGGAGUUGCAGGAAGAUGGUGAAGAGGAGUUGCAGGAGGAAGAGGAGGAGGAGGUGGAAGGAGAAGAAGAUGAUCACGAAGACGAGCAGGAAGAGGAGGAGGAGGAGGAGGAGGAGCAGGAAGAGGAGGAGGAGGAAGAAGCGGAAGAGGAAGAAGAAGAAGAAGACGUCGAGGAAGAGGAGGAAUUGGAAGACUCAGAGUUUGUAAGCCCCAGUAAGGGGAAAGGCAAAGGCAAAAGCAAAGGCAGCAAAGGUAAAGACAUGGGGAAAGCCAAGAGUGGCAAAGGCAAGACCUCUAAGGGAGCGCUCGAGGAAGACAGUGAUGAACUGGACGACGACACCGAUGAUGAAACGGAAGUGCCUUUUGCCAAAGGCAGCAAGGGCAGCACGAAAGGUAAAGGCAAAGCCAAAGGCAAAGACUCAGGGAAAGGAGCAGGUAAACAGUUUACUGAUGAUGCCGUCGACAGCGACGCAGAGGAGGAGCCUGAUGCCAGAAACAGGGGCAAGGGAAAGCGAAAAGGCCAGAGCAAAGGGAAGCAGUGA